UGGCAAACAAGUGUGGGUCGGUCAGCUCGCUUAUCAAUUCGAGUAUUUUGCAUUGUUUAACAAUGCAAACACAACGUUUUCGUAAGAUUUAAUUCGCCAAAAGAAAAAGAAAAGUACAAAGCAAAGCUGAAAAUAAAACAGAUCGAAAGUUAAAAUCCGUGAUUUAAAUGCCGAAAUGAUUCUCAAAAAUAACUGUAUUUUUCUUGUAAGCUUAAUUUGCUAUAUAUUCGAUGCCAAUGCAAGCAGUGAAUGUAAGCCCCGGCGGACUAAGUAUGGCUUGGUAUGUGUUUGCACAGCAACAUAUUGCGAUUAUUUGGAGAAUCCACAGCCGACCGCUAAUAAUGUUGUAGUCGUCUCCACAAGCAAGGAAGGCCGCCGUUUCGCCGUUAGUAAUUUACGAUUCAACACAAACGACACUAACAUCAAUACAAAAACUUCCUUAAACAUCAGUAGUGAAGAUCUUAAAAGUUCUGCAGUGGUUGUCGACAGUCGUCAAACGUUUGCCCAGCUUUUGAUUGAUGCAGGCGAGCGUUUCUCAUCCAGAUUUCCCUCAAAUCGUCCCCUAAAGUUGCGAGUGAAUAGGUCAGUGGAAUACCAAAAAAUUACGGGUUUUGGUGGCGCUUUCACGGGAACUGUAUCCCAUUUACUGGGAUUAUUGGAACCGAAUUUGCAGGAUCACAUUUAUAAAUCUUAUUACCAUCAGGACGGUAUUGGUUUCAAUCUACUACGUACUCCCAUUGGUGGUUGUGAUUUUGAUCUUGCACCUUGGGCUUAUAACGAAGAACCUCAGAAUGAUCCAGCACUAUCGAAUUUUACGAAAUUAGAUCCUCGCGAUGAAGUCAAAGUAAAACAAUUACAGCGAUUGAAACAAGUUUCUAGCUUAGAGAGUUUAAAAAUUAUGGCUGCGACAUGGAGUUCACCCACUUGGAUGAAAUCAAAUGGAAAAUGGACUGGCUUAGGAUUACUGAAGACCGAAUACUAUCAAGCCUGGGCUGACUACCAUUUAAGAUUCAUCGAACUAAUGGAUGCUAAAAAUAUGCCGAUCUGGGCAAUAUCAACUGGCAAUGAGCCACUUAACGGUAUUGCGUUUUUCUUCUUCGUUCACUUUAUGAGUCUUGGAUGGGUACCAAGGAAUCAGGCGGUUUGGUUGAAUGAUUUCCUUGGACCUACUAUUCGGAAAUCGAAAUUCAAAGACAUUUUAAUAUUUGGAAAUGACGAUCAACGUUAUUCUUUCCCAGCUUGGUUUAAAGACAUGAAUCGAACCCGCCUCGGUGUGCUUGAUUAUCUUGACGGCUUGGCAGUACAUUGGUAUUGGGAUGAAAUGUUUGCGCCGACUCUAAUCGAUUUGACGGCUCAGAUUUUGCCUGGUAAAAUUGUGUUAAAUACCGAAUCCUGUAUAGGAGACAAACCAUGGCAAACACAUGGUCCCGAGCUUGGCUCGUGGGAGCGUGGUGAAAUGUAUGCGAGUAGUUUUUUACAUAAUUUUCAACAUUCCUACAAUGGCUGGAUCGAUUGGAAUAUUAUUUUGGAUGAACAAGGUGGACCAAACUAUGCUAAUAACUAUGUGGAUGCACCAGUUAUUGUGAAUGCCACAAACCGCGCUGAGAUCUACAAGCAACCAAUAUUCUAUGCCAUGGGACACUUUUCAAAAUUCGUACCUGAAGGUUCGGUGCGUAUUGAUGCAAAAAUACUGAGUGCUUCAGUGGAGGCUGUGGCGUUCAAGAGACCCGAUGAGCGUAUUGCUGUGGUGCUGCUUAAUAGCGGACGGAUCCCCAUGGAUGUGCUCCUCAUUGACAGUGUACGCGGCGAGAUAGUCAUCAAUAUACCAGCACAAUCGUGGCACACUAUUGUCUAUAAUUAAAUUUGCACAUUUUGUAUUAAGUUGGAUGUGCAUGGUAGGGUGAUCGGCCAGCUUAGAUUUUGGCAUACAAAAUAUUCAAAUAUAGUACAAAUCGUAUGUACAUAUGUAUGCGUAUAAGGGUCAAUUCCAAACAAAGUGCUAUUUUUCUGUCCCCCCUUUUUAAUUAUUUUUUUUUUUUAUUGUGAUAAAAACGAAAAAAUCAGAAACAGCAUUAUACGAUCCAAAUAAUAAACCACCAAGCUGUUUUUAUUAUUGUAAGAGGUUUUGUUUUAUUUUGCUUGCGGUAUUUCUUUGAUAUAAUAUUUAAGGGAUUCCCUUAAACUCGUAAAGUCUUAAACUGUGUAAAACUCGUAAGUUUACGAGGCUUUUAUGGGAACGCACCCUUUGCUCCCAGGUGCAGGAUUUAUCAUACCGAAUAUGAAAAGAAAAUCUCCCACUCAUAUACAUGGAUAGACCAAAUUUCAAAUGGUGGUCUGAUAAAACCUAACCCAGAAUUCCUUGUUGACAUAAAAAACUGCUAGUAAUUUUUAAUAAAUCUAAAGGAAUGGAAAUU